AUGAAACAAGCUGUGAUUUUUGUGAUUUCGCUGCUGGCAGCCAUGUCGUCGGCUAUAGUCGUAUUGACUUCUGAAAGUCCAGCUCCAACAUUCGAACCAUCACCAUCAACAUCAGGUUCAACAUCAGGCUCAACAUCAACUCCAGACCCAGACCCAUUAUUUCAGUCUCAUAGUGAUACUCAUACCAACAGUCUGUUUUUGCACUACAAUACACUUUUGGAACAAUACAAUUUGAAAGCUGCUGAAUGCGAAGUUUUAAAACAGGAUUGCGAAAAACUCGGCAACAUCGCACAGGCACAAACGCUUACACAUACUCUGACUCUAGAUAAAUGCACUCGUGAUAGAGACUCGUCAAAAAAAAUGCGAUUAAAGGCCAUCUCCAACUGUAUGAAAGAAAAUUUAAAAAAGGCUGAAGAUGUAUAUAUUAAAUCUCUCGUGAAAAAAAUCCAUAUAUGUGAUGAAGCUAGUCAACUCAAAUCAAAAGUAAGCGAGGUCAAGAUUCAGAACCAAAUCCUGCUAUCUAAUAAUCAACAAUAG